GGAAAUUUUGCCAAUUGAAUCAUCUUGAUGAUUUUUACUAGGGAAAACUCGUAAUGUCUUGCUCAGAUUUCCUCAAUUAACGAAUUGUGUUGUCAUCGCCGUGCCAGAACUUUCUCAUCUCCAGGGUAUACCUCUCCCCCUCUCUUCCUCCCUCUCUCUUCUCCUUCUUCCCUCCUCCACCUCUCUUCUUCUUCUCUCCAUCGCGACCCAUCUCCCACUUGUAGCUUGGCCAUCUACAUGGUGGGGCUGAGUAGAUGUUUCCAAGGCUUGGCUACAGAGUCUAUGAAAACUCACUUGGCUGAUCAGAAGUUUUGGACUGCACCACCUUUGUUUCUAGGAAGUGACUUUGAGCUUCAUCUCAAGAUAACACCAGUUGGCUGGCUAUAUCAGUCUUUGCCAUGCAGUCGACACCAGGCCUUGGUAGGGUGGCAGGGCGGGCCUGGGACCAAUCCUUCUUCUCCUCUCCUCCUCUCCUCCUAUCUUCUUUCCGGCUCAUCCUGGAAUCUGAGAGUUAGACUCGGGCCGGGCAAAGGUGGGGUGGUUGGGUCGGGCCUGGGUUACUCAUUCUAUCUCCUCUCCAUCUAUCUUCUAUCAGGCUCAUCCUGGUAUCUGAGAGUUAGACUCAGGCCGGGCAAAGGUGGGGUGGUUGGGUCGGGCCUGGGUUACUCAUUCUAUCUCCUCUCCAUCUAUCCUCUCUCAGGCUCAUCCUGUUAUCUGGGCUAUACCCAGGCCAGGCAAAGGUGGGGUGGUUGGGUCGGGCCUGGGUUACUCAUUUCAUAUCCUCUUCAUCUAUCCUCUCUCAGGCUCAUCCUGGUAUCUGGGACUUAGACUCAGGCCGGGCAAUGGUGGGGUGGUUGGGUCGGGCCUGGGUUACUCAUUCUAUCUCCUCUCCAUCUAUCUUCUCUCAGGCUCAUCCUGUUAUCUGGGCUAUACCCAGGCCAGGCAAAGGUGGGGUGGUUGGGUCGGGCCUGGGUUAACAUUAUAUCUAAAACAUCGUCAUC